AUAGUGAAUGAUAAAUACUCGAAACCGAACUUGAAAAUGAAAAGUCGAGAUCAUUCAAUGCAAUCUUCCAGAUAAAACUCAUGACGUCACUGAAGUCCAGUCUUCACGCGCUUAGAGUAAACUGUAAAUUUUGCUACGAAUUGACUACAACAGAGGCUGACUAGACAAAAAGACAAGUAUCUUUCUUGAUACCUUCUUACAUGUUGCAGCUUCUCCUCUGUGUUUCUCCCCACGUUUUAAGUCCCUUUGACAUUGUUUUUUAUAUUCAAGAGUGCGGACAUCUUUGCUUUUGUUGUGAACAUAACCAUGAAUUUGAAGAGAAAGGCAGUAGCAACUGACACCAAUGAGCUCUUCCCUCAGCACAAGAUGAAGAAAACUUGGGAGGAUGCAAAGUCUGGUCACAAAUGCUUCGUGCUGUAUGCAAGGUCACUCCACAUCAGUUGGAGUGACCAUGAAUAUUGGAUGUGGGAAAGUUUUAAAGAAACAAAUGAUGAGAAAAUUGAAGUAGCCAGACUAAGAACUGUUUGUUGGCUGGAAGUGAAAGGAUAUUUCAAAAUAUCAGACCUUUCGCCAGGAACCAUAUAUGAAGUUGCGUACGUAGUCAUGUUAACGAAAGGGGCAUCUGGUUGGGAACUCCCUAUCAAGCUUAAAUUAUCUCUCCCUGAUGGAAAAGUUCAGGAGCGUCAAGUUAGUCUCUUGCAGAAGCCUAGAGGGCAAUGGAUGGAGCUCAGUCUUGGCCACUUCUGCACAGGGGAGAAUGGAGAACCAGGAGAAGUUAGCUUUAAUCUCUACGAAAUUGGGGGCCACUGGAAAAGUGGACUUGUAAUCAAGGGUGCCGUUCUAAGGCCGAUAAACUGAAUCACUUCUUUAAAGGAAUGCAAAGAAAGAAAAGAAAAUAUGCAGGAACCCUUUGCGGCUUAAUAAAAAAAAAGGAAAGAAAAUACCUGUUCUAUUCAGCAUGUUGCAGCUUUUAACUACUUUUCAUACUUUCCAUUCAUGCUUGUUGUUGCAGGUGUCAUUUUUUUUUUUAUGUAUAUGAUGAUUUGUUUCAACUGGAUUACCUCAUGGUACUUUCUCUGUGUAAAGACCUGAGGUGUCAUUCAUAUAGACGAUUCUAUACCAAAAUCUUUUAA